UACAGACAGAGGGAGAGGAGCAGGGGGGAUCUCACAGCGAUCUCCCCCCUGAGGUCUGUACAGCUCUGGGGUGAGAGAGGUCGUCCUCCUAGUUUGUCCAGUAAACACUGGAAGUCAGCAAAUCUGCCUGUGACCUGGCUGCUGAGAGCACAGCACACAGAGCUGUGUCAUCUGAGCUCAGAUCAACAGCAGCAGGCUACAGUAGCCUCACCACAGCUGGUCUGCUCUGGGUCCAGAUAUGUAGGAUUCAGCCCAGACAAAACUAAAGACUGUUUGACAACUGUAAUGUAGGCGACAGUAUGCAGCUCAUUCUGUUGUUUUUUUUACAUUUGAAUAUUUAAGGACUUGGACAUUGUGCCAGUGGGUUGUUGCAAUAUUAAGUCAUGGCUACCCGUUCCUUUGGAAGAUGUCUGGAUCUCAUUCUCAAGGAGGAAGACAAGCACUCAAUAAUGUGAUGGUGGAGUGUGGCUCACUGUCUCCGUUCUGUCACAGUGAAGUCGGCCAAGAAGUCAAACUCUGUUGCCCUUGUGGGAAAGGCUGAAUGUAGGUCGCAGCUGAAAUCCAAGCCCAGGCUCCAGGGGGACGUGUAGGCCCGGGGUGCUCCGCUGCUCUAGGGAACGGAGCUGUAGAGAGGAAAUAAACAAUUUUUUUUUUUACACACAGUUAUUUUUAGAGCCUGGGUUGUGAGCAGCAGCGUGCCUUCACAUCCUCCUUUUGCCUUUUUGAUGUAUUUUGAACCGUGAUGAUCAAAACGUCAGAUUUUAGAGCGGCGUGUGUUUGCCUCAGUGGUGCUGUCUCUGUCAGUGCAGAGAUGGGCUAUUUUCUAACCUGGUUCUAUAUAUACCAAAAAAAAAUUAAGCAGGAGAUCUGAAUGUAAUCUUCUCCUCGCCAGUCCUUCAUCGGCCGAGGGAAUGUAUAAUGUUGUCAUUUCUGUCUUUUUGUCUUGCAAUUUUGCGCUAAAAUCAAAUCUUACUGUGUAGUCCAAGCCUCACAAAUGUCAAUGUUGAAAAGAUCUGAAUCAAUUGUGCCAGCCAAAGAGAGAGCAGAGGCUCCCUAAAAUAGUCAUAAAUUACAAAUGCAUGAGGCCCUUGGAUUAGUCUGCCAGAGCAGCAGUUCAGUGGCGACCAAAAGGCAGAAGUUAGUUGACUUGAAUCUCAGUCACUGAGAUGCAAAUUAAAUAAUUACUCAUGAUAUACUUCUGCCAGGAAGCGAUCCAUUUCGUUGGACAAGGCACAAGAUAAACUGUUUAUUUUAAGUACAGUACGGGAGGAGUUUGUUUCAAUCUACACAGGACACAUUCCCACCUUUGAUUUAUUCCCACAGCCAGAGGUGGGCUGGAAGCCUCCAUUGUUUAGUGGCUUAGAGGUAGAGGACAGUUUAUAGGAGGCUGCCUGAUUGGUUCUGUGUACUCAGACUAUCACUGUUGUUUCCUGCUGGACAGAUAAACAGAGGGUAAAUAAAUGUCUUCCUGUGAACACGCUCUCAGGCCAGGCCAGGGUGGAUCAGUAAUGACAUUGUAAGGCGAGAGAGGAGACUUGACUGGCCUUUUCUAAUUGAAUCAACACCCUCGUCCCUCUGUCCCACUGUAUCAUACCACACUCCACCCCUGCCCAGCCCACACUUCCUACCCCACCCCUGUCUACCCCAUCUUACCCCACACUGUCAUGCCUGGGAGGGAGACCCAGAGGACAAGGGGCAGUCUGAGAUGGGGACAAGGUGGGAGUGGGGGAGGGUGGGAGUGGAACUAUGGUCAAUGAUGGUGAGCAGGAUGGAAACACAGGGUUGUGUGUGAUGGUUAGCACUUCAUUGGAGAUGACAGGGGUAAGACUGUAGAUCAGGGGUGUCCAACAGGUCGAUUGCAAGCUAUCAGUAGCUCGCAGCCCACAUAUGAGUAGCUCACCAAACAUUUCUGAAAGUGCAUGCAAUUUUCACGUGUUCUACUGCAAACUGUCAUAAACAAAUCUCACAAGUAUCAGACACUCCCAGCUACUAUCUAAUCAAUGCAACAUUGACAUUAUUCCACCCCUGGUUAGCCACUAUUGGCUUAAAAAGCCAAACCUAACACAAUAUCUGCCAACUAAUUUCAAGCAAUGUUGCCCUUAACUGUCUGUGUGGUGCGCACGUUUGUUAUCACUCCAUGUGUAACAUGUUGAUGUGAUGACAGAAAUACUUUCCCCAAAACCUUCUCAAUUAAAUGUUAACUGCAAAGUAGGCUUACCUGGCAGAAGUAUAUCAUGAGUAAUUAUUUAAUUUGCAUCUAUUACUUAUAAAUUAUUUGCAAACUUUGCUAUGAAAUGAGCAGCAGCAGUACAGAACCAAUGCUAGACCGGCACAUUCCUCAUUCUCUAGAUGUACAAUUAAAGGGACAGAUGCACAAUUAAAGAGGAAUUACAAAAAAAUUUAAUUCAGAUGUGAUUUAAGCGAACAUCUAUAGUGCAUUCGGAAAGUAUUCAGACCCCCUUCACUUUUUCCACAUUCUGUUAUGUUACAGGCUUAUUCUAAAAAAGAUUUUUUUUUUUUUAUUCCCUCAUCAAUCUAUACACAAUGCCCCAUAAUGACAAAGCAAAAACAGGUUUUUAGAAUUUUUCAGGUUUUUAAAAACCUGAAAUAUCCCAUUUACAUAAGUAUUCUGACCCUUUACUCAGUACUUUGUUAAAGCACCUUUGGCAGCAAUUACAGCCUUAUUGGGUAUGAUGCUACAAGCUUGGCACACCUAUAUUUGGGGAGUUUCUCCCAUUCUUCUCUGCAGAUCCUCUCAAGCUCUGUCAGGUUGAAUGGGGAGCGUCGCUGCACAGCUAUUUUCAGGUCUCUCCAGAGAUGUUUGAUCGGGUUCAAGUCAGGGCUCUGGCUGGGCCACUGAAGGACAUUCAGAGACUUGUCCCGAAGCCACUCCUGCGUUGUCUUGGCUGUGUGCUUAGGGUUGUUGUCCUGUUGGAAGGUGAACCUUCGCCCCAGUCUGAGGUCCUGAGCGCUCUGGAGUAGGUUUUCAUCAAGGAUCUCUGUACUUCCCUCGGCCCUGACUUGUCUCCCAGUCCCUGCCGCUGAAAAACAUCCCCACAGCAUGAUGCUGCCACCACCAUGCUUCACCGUAGGGAUGUUGCCAGGUUUCCUCCAGACUUGAUGCUUGGCAUUCAGGCCAAAGUAUUCAAUCUUGGUUUCAUCAGACCAGUGAAUCUUGUUUCUUAUGGUCUGAGAGUCCUUUGGGCUGUCAUAUGCAUUUUACUGAGGAGUGGCUUCUGUCUGGCCACAGAUUUGUGGAGUGCUGCAGAGAUGGUUGUCCUUCUGGAAGGUUCUCCCAUCUCCACAGAGGAACUCUGGAGCUCUGUCAGAGUGGCCAUGGGUUCUUGGUCACCUCCCUGACCAAGGCCCUUCUCCCCCGAUUGCUCAGUUUGGCCAGGCAGCCAGCUCUGGUGGUUCCAAACUUCUUCCAUUUAGGAAUAAUGGAGGCUACUGUGUUCUUGGGGACCUUCAAUCCUGCAGAAUUUUUUUGGUACCCUUCCCCAGAUCUGUGCCUCGACACAAUCCUGCCUCUGAGCUCUACGGACAAUUCCUUCGACCUCAUGGCUUGGUUUUUUGCUCUGUCAUCAAAUCAAAUGUUAUUUGUCACAUGCGCCGAAUACAACAGGUGUAGACCUUACCGAAAUGCUUACUUACAAGCCCUUAACCAACAAUGUAGUUCAAGAAAUAGAGUUAAGAAAAUAUUAACUAAAUAGACUAAAGUAAAAAAUAAAAAGUAACACAAUAAAAUUACAUAACAAUAACAAGGCUAUAUACAAGGAAUACCGGUACCGAGUCAAUGUGCAGGGGUACAGGUUAGUCGAGGUAGUUUGUACAUGUAGGUUGGGGUAAAGUGACUAUGCAUAGAUAAUAAACAGCAAGUAGCAGCAGUGUAAAAACAAAGGGGGGGGGUCAAUGUAAAUAGUCCGGGUGGCCAUUUGAUUAACUGUUCAGCAGUCUUAUAGCUUGGGGGUAGAAGCUGUAAAGGAGCCUUUUGGACCUAGACUUGGCGCUCCGGUACCGCUUGCCAUGCGGUAGCAGAGAGAACAGUCUGACUUGGGUGACUGGAGUCUUUGACAAUUUUUUGGGCCUUCCUCUGACACCGCCUAGUAUAUAGGUCCUGGAUGGCAGGAAGCUUGGCCCCAGUGAUGUAUUGGGCCGUACGCACUACCCUCUGUAGCGCCUUACGGUCGGAUGCCGAGCAGUUGCCAUACCAGGCGGUGAUUCAACCUGUCAGGAUGCUCUCGAUGGUGCAAUCCUGCAGAAUUUUUUUGGUACCCUUCCCCAGAUCUGUGCCUCGACACAAUCCUGCCUCUGAGCUCUACGGACAAUUCCUUCGACCUCAUGGCUUGGUUUUUUGCUCUGUCAUCAAAUCAAAUGUUAUUUGUCACAUGCGCCGAAUACAACAGGUGUAGACCUUACCGAAAUGCUUACUUACAAGCCCUUAACCAACAAUGUAGUUCAAGAAAUAGAGUUAAGAAAAUAUUAACUAAAUAGACUAAAGUAAAAAAUAAAAAGUAACACAAUAAAAUUACAUAACAAUAACAAGGCUAUAUACAAGGAAUACCGGUACCGAGUCAAUGUGCAGGGGUACAGGUUAGUCGAGGUAGUUUGUACAUGUAGGUUGGGGUAAAGUGACUAUGCAUAGAUAAUAAACAGCAAGUAGCAGCAGUGUAAAAACAAAGGGGGGGGUCAAUGUAAAUAGUCCGGGUGGCCAUUUGAUUAACUGUUCAGCAGUCUUAUAGCUUGGGGGUAGAAGCUGUUAAGGAGCCUUUUGGACCUAGACUUGGCGCUCCGGUACCGCUUGCCAUGCGGUAGCAGAGAGAACAGUCUGACUUGGGUGACUGGAGUCUUUGACAAUUUUUUGGGCCUUCCUCUGACACCGCCUAGUAUAUAGGUCCUGGAUGGCAGGAAGCUUGGCCCCAGUGAUGUAUUGGGCCGUACGCACUACCCUCUGUAGCGCCUUACGGUCGGAUGCCGAGCAGUUGCCAUACCAGGCGGUGAUUCAACCUGUCAGGAUGCUCUCGAUGGUGCAUCUGUAGAACAUUUUGAGGAUCUGGGGACCCAUGCCAAAUAUUUUCAGUCUCCUGAGGGGGAAAAGGUGUUGUUGUGCCCGCUUCACGACUGUCUUGGUGUGUUUGGACCAUGAUAGUUUGUUGGUGAUGUGGACACCAAGGAACUUUAAACUCUCGACACGCCCCACUACAGCCCCGUCGAUGUUAAUGGGGGCCUGUUCGGCCAUCCUUUUCCUGUAGUCCACGAUCAUCUCCUUUGUCUCUGACCUCCUCCCUGUAGGCUGUCUCAUCGUUGUCGGUGAUCAGGCCUACCACUGUUGUGUCGUCAGCAAACUUAAUGAUGGUGUUGGAGUCGUGCUUGGCCACGCAGUCAACUUUGGGACCUUUAUAUAGACAGGUGUGUGCCUUUCCAAAUCAUGUCCAAUCAAUUGAAUUUACCACAGGUGGACUUCAAUCAAAUUGUAGAAACAUCUCAAGGAUGAUCAAUUGAAACAGGAUGCACCUGAGCUCAAUUUCGAGUCUCAUAGCCAAGGGUCUGAAUAGUUACGUGAAUAAGUUAUUUCAGUUUUUUAUUUUUAAUACAUUUGCGAAAAUGUCUAAAAACCUAUUUUCACUUUGUCAUUAUGGGGUAUUGUGUGUAGAAUGUAAUCCAUUUUAGAAUAAGGCUGUAACGUAACAGAAUGUGGAAAAAGUAAAGGGGUCUGAAUACUUUCCGAAUGCACUGUAAUUUCGUUGUUUCUCUAUGAACAAUUGUAAUUUCGAGUGUGAAAAACUAAACCAAAAUCUAAAACCAGGAAAACAUAAUUUAGUGUUAAAAAAUUGCGGAUUUUAUAGGGCCCCCCUUAGAGUUGUUUAUUAACCAUUAUUUUUACCAGGUAUAUUGACAGAAAAUAUAGUGAAUUACUUUCUCUUGUACACUAAGGACUAAUUUGUAGCGCGCAACAUGUAAAAAAAAAAUGUAAGUAGCUCUCACGCUAGAAAAGGUUGGAGACCACUGCUGUAGAUAAUUGAUUGUCUCUGAGGUAGCUAGCUGAGGUUACGGUGACGCUAGACAGGCGGUGAUGCUAAAGGUCAUCUUGGCGGUGGUGGCCAUGUAUUGAUUGUGGUUAAGGUGUCAUGGUGAUGUCACCUUCAUAGCAUCCAGCUCAUGAUAACUGGAAUGAUGCAUGCAGGCCAAGGGAUGACAUAUUGAUUUUGAAACUUUACCGCUGUUUUGGGGGUGAUAAUAGGUUAAUGAGGCUAGCUGUUCAGGGCUGAUUGUGGACUAGCUGUAAGGGUGCUGACUGAAAUUAUCAAUAUGUUGGGAGCAGUGACAUGGGGUUGUGGUCAGGUCACUGGCUAUGGGGAUGAUUAGGCCAGGCCAGGAUACUGAUGUUGAACAACAGAGGGACCAGCCUUUCACAGUGACAAAUCAAAUCUAAUUUUAUUGGUCACAUACACAUAUCUAGCAGAUGUUAUUGCGGGUGUAGCGAAAUGCUUGUGUUCCUAGCUCCAACAGUGCAGUAAUAUCUAACAAUACACAACAAUACACACACAUCUAAAGUAAAAUAAUGGAAUUAAGGACACACAUCCGUGUGUGUGUGUGUGUGUGUGUGUGUAUUUCUGUGUAGAGGUUGCUUUAUAAAGCCCCAUUAGGUGAUUGUUUUUCGUUGUUUGGCCCUUGACUGUGCCAUUUGGUGGCCACACCCCACCCUCCCCUUAGCAGUGGGGAAGCUUCAGAUGUGGGUAUGUGUGUGUGAACAGCUGCUGAUUGUGAUGUGUUUCCGCUGCUAACCUUUUGAGCAUUACAGGCCUGUGUGUGUGUGCGCACCAUGCCAUGCUCUUGUUUCCACCGGUGGCCCAGUCACCCCAGAGCAGCAGGGCCUCUGCUAGGAUGAAAGGAUCACAUGAGGGAGGGAGGGAGAGCAGAGGGGGGUUCACAUGGGGUUACACAGAGCCCAUGCGCUUUAAAAUAUAACCGAAAAAAUAUAUAUUUCGCUCUCGAGAUAUGAAGGCUGAUCUAUGGUGCAUCCCUAGUUGUAAUGGAGGGGGGGGGGGUCUGUACAGUUACAUAUCAGGAUAUUAUUUUUGAUGAUAUAUCUCAAUAUUAUUUUUGCACUAGUCAGCCAGUCCUGCACUAAAACUUCCGUAAUAGCUUGUUCUCCUUCUUCUUUGUAAAUAGUGAGCCAAUUUUUUUCAGCACUUUUAUUUGCAUGACUGAUCAAAACUUGUUUUUCUCAUGGCUCUCUCUUGUCCCUCUGCAGCAGAAAUGAUGGUGAGCAAUAUGUUUGGAACAUAUCGAAACGCAAUACAAAUACAAUUGUGAGAAUCACAAUACAUAUCGUAUCGGCACCUAAGUAUCGUGAUAAUAUAGUGUCAUCAGGUCCCUGGCAAUUCCCAGCCCUAAUCCCUAGUCAAUUCCCUCAGAUGGGGAUAGAAGCUGAUGGGAUUUAUAGACAGAAAAACAGCAGACACUUUUCCAGUUCUGUAAUGAAAUCAAGUGCAGUUCAUAUGGAGUCUGUGAGGAGAGUGAAGUAGACCAUGGUAGACUCUGUAGCGGAGGUGGGACCAAGUCACUAUUAUUUGAGUCCCAAGCAAGUCUCAAGUCACAAGGUUCGAGUCUCGAGUCGAGUCCCAAGUAGAACGGUCCGAGUCUCGAGUCAAUUCCAAGUCGUGCAUAAGAGCAUGUCAAGUCGAGUCACAACUUUUUUCAAGUCAAGUAAAAAAUGAUCUAUACAUGCAAUGACUUGUUCAACUACAUAUAUGUUUUAUUUUUAAUAAGGCUACCAGACAGCCCUUUUCAUUAUUUUGUAGUAAUUAAUUUUAACAACAAAUUCCUAACUCAAGCUUCAUAGGUAAAUUAUACAUUUCAAACCAUUUUUACUUACCGAAAGACCAGUAGCUAGACCUAUUUUUGAUUGAUGCCCCAUUGCUGGUGAGCUUGCAAAGUAAACAGUUAAUAUUCUUGAUCACCAAAAUGUUUUGGAGCUAGAUAUUUAUUAAUGUAAUUCCUCUCUACCUACAAUUUGAUGUUUGCGAUGCACUCGAUCCUAUAGCUGUACAGCAAAUCGGCAAUCUGUUCGCUAGCUCAGUGGUUCUCAACAGUUUUGAGCCGCGACCCCCAAAAAGCAGUGAUUCAAAUCUCGCGACUCGCACAUGCACGCGUGCACAAUCGGAAAUGUAGCCUGUCAUUACAGCCAUAAACAGCUAUGCAUUUUUUAAACGCAAGAUAUAGAAAUAAACUGCGAUUUACACCUGCAUUUGUAGCUGAAAGUCAUUCAUGUUAGCAGCCAAUAUCAACUAGGGAUAUCAUGUCACUUUGUCACUUCUCUGGCGUCCAGAGCAAGCAGAAUCAUACGGAAAAUGAUAUCAACUCCAGUAUAAGGAAAUGAAGCCCUCAAUGUCAGAGGAGACUGAGGCUAGCUUAUGAGUGAUUCUGUCAUUCCAGGGUUGUCCUUACCAACAGAAAAUAAUGUCUCACUGCAUGCAGUGUAAGCUUAGGCCUGCAACAUUCACUGCCCUACUGCAUACACACAAUGUUAGUCAGUGUACAUUGUUUGUGUGGAAAUGCAUGUCUACGUUAUGGUUAACACAAUAUUCUAAUGUUGUAGUAUAUACAUACCUACUACCAUGGUAAAUAGUGCAUUAGAGUGGACAGCUUCUCAGUAUUUAAAGCCUUAACGUCAUCCAAGCGUUUACUGUUUUACUGAUUAUAUUACUGCACUGACGAUUCUCAACAAUCCUUCUAGCCAUGAGUUAACAUUAGGCUAUUGCUUACAUCAAAUCUCAAAGGCCUUAAUGUGUGUUGAUUGGUGAUUUAUGCUAACUGUGUAAAGGUUAGUUUUGGACUCUCUCUAGUGUUCCUCUGGGUUUGUGAGGUCAGACUAGAACAGAAGCUCUGAGGAGCUUUGAGAAGGACUAUCUCUUCAACAGCAGACAUCAAUGGAGCUUUUGUGUGGGACAGGGAAUUAAUUAACUCGAUAUGAAUUACAGUGUUCUAAUCAUCUGGCUGAGAGGCUGGCUAUUCUGGCCUGAAAAUACGGGUCACAACCCAUACUUCCUGUUUGUCUCUGAGUGGAGCCGUGUGAUUGGUGGGAUGAGUCAACAGCACUCUACUGAGUCUUCUUUGGUAGUAGAACACUCAUCCUGGGUGAAGUCUCGACCAAGGUCAACACUACAGAUUUACUGUCUCCAUUGGGAGACGCUUCAAAGUUUCUCUGAUAGAGUUCAGGCUUUGUUUGAGGGUUCGUCUUACGCAUCGAUUUUCCCUCACUAGAAGAAAGAUGAGUUAGUUUGCACUGAGGGUGGAGGAGUUGUGAACAAUGACCAGCCUGAGAUUUUAAAUCACUUACCACAGUGAUGUUGCACACAAGCUACGUCGUACACAGAACACAAUCUAAAGAGGAGCAAUCCCAUUAAGUCACAUCUCCCGUGCAGCUGUGGCUACAGGGGAGAUGAUAUUGAAGAAGUGAUUGAGAAUAUGACAGUGGUGUGAUGAGAAUAUGACAGUGGUGUGAUUGAGACUAUGGCACUGGUGUGUGUGUAAGUUAUUGUCACAUCUCUGAUUUAUCUCAGCUGUCAUUGAAAUGGCCACCGUGGCAAGAGCAUCUCCCAGAUUCUCCUCCCAUCUCCCUGGGCUAUUUUUACCAACAGCCAUAUUCUCAUCAGCUCACUGGAGUGAUGGGGAGAUAGAGGAGAGGAGGCUGUUGUUCUCAUACUGAAGAGAAGGAACAAACAGGAGAGAUUGGUGAUUAGUUCUCCCUCCACUGCUUAGGUAGAAGGAGCUGCUGCCUCAUGGGUGGCCAUCUUUGUUUAGACAUCACAGUGCUUGUAGUAAAGCAACAUGUAGACAGAUGGUAUGGUUUUUCUGUUGACGAGAUUUCUUGAAAAUGUAAUAAGCGUAUUCUAAUUCAUCCGCCAUGACAAAACAUUACCUCAACCCUUAUUGGGUUGAGCAGAAUAUCUUUGGAGUAGUAGUAGGUAAACAGCAUCUCUUUGGUAAUGGAGAGGGAAAGGCAGAAAGAGAGGGAUCGAGAGUGGUAGCAAAAAGAGAGAGAUAGUGGGCAGGAGAUGAGUUUGACUGGCUCUGUCAUCAAUUAUCAUGGCGGGUUUCCAUAAUCUCAUCACCAAUGUAUUAUAGAGCCAUUUAACACUGACUUUACACCAACUCUCCCACUCUCAGGAUUGCCAAACGGUCCCCCACACACACAUCUCUAUACACACACACACUCCCCACACAGUAGUGUUACUCAGACACAGAGGGUUCCCACAGCACCUCAUGAAUGCAUAAAUAAACAAGACUCAUCUUUAAGUUGUUGUCCUCCAAUUUAAGUGGUCAUUGUCAGUGUUAAAUUAAUUAUUUUGUCACCAUGUGUCAUGCGUGAAUCAUGAAACUGACUAUGUUGGGUUAAUCCCACUCCAACUUUAGCCACAUUUCCUGUGUGGAAAGCUAAAUCAUCACUUGACAUUGUGUUAUCUUCAUGGUUGAUGACCCGUCCCUCUCUCUGAUUGGCUCUUCAGGUACAACCCGCCUGCCGCGUGACAGAGAGGUCCCUGGAGUAGAUUACAACUUCCUGCCGGUGGAGGACUUCCUGGCGCUGGAGCAGUGUGGAACCCUUCUGGAAAUAGGAACAUAUGAAGGUAACUGUCUGCAGCAAUGCUCACUCGCUCAGUGUAUUCAUAGGUUGAGUGUCGACACUAACUAGGACCCCUCAGAAGUGAACACCACAUAGAGAUAAACCACCCAUGUCAUCAGUUGAAUCCUGGACAAGUUAUUUACUUAAGUAUCUACUGUCUACUGUAUGUGGGUGGUAUAUCGCUGGAGGUGAGAGUGUACUAGGUGUUUUUUAAACAGGCUUUUGCUUUAAGUUGAGUAGUCAUCAUUACCCUGGCAUCAUGUUCUGUGGAAAGGGGUCAUGAGACGUGAGAGAGGGUUUCUGUCUUUGUUCGCACGCAACUUCCAGUGUUGUGUAUAUUUUAAUAGCAAAGAAUAGCAAUCAACAACAGUGGAGCAUUAAACAUGUCAUGCAUAAAUAUCAUUCAUUCACAUGCACGUUUAAUGAAGUGGCUGUUCCGUCCCUGUAGCUUUGUCAGUGGGCCCAGACAAUGGGCCUGCUCCACUCUCCCAGAGAAAACAAACAUCCAAGGGGAACAAACAGCCUCCUCACUUCCACCAAUAGAAUGCACUAGACUAGAAAGCACCAAAGGAACUCUGUGGUCAUGCCUUCUUAGCCCCCUCAUCUGUAUACAAAGACUCUGUGAUUAUAGCCCCCUACUCUCCCUCCUUUCCCUCUCUAUCGCUCUCCCUUUUGUUUUUUCUAAACAUGAUAAUAUCCUCCUGUUGCCUAGGUAACUAUUAUGGAACACCCAAGCCGCCAAACCAGCCCCCUAGUGGGAAAGUGAUUACUAGUGAUGCUUUGCAAGACAGCCUCCCGGGCUCCCAGCACUCCACUCCCCGACGCACCAAGUCCUACAAUGAGAUGCAAAAUGCUGGAAUAGUGCCUGUAGACCUGGAGGAGGACGAGGAACUCCCGGAGAUGAACAGUAGCAUAACAGGUAAAAGAGAGAAGAGAGGGAAGGAGAGAGCGAGACAGAGCAAGACAUACAGAGAGAGAAACAGAGAAAGAGAGAAACAGAGAGAGAGAGAGAGAGAGCAACACCAGGAGAGAGAGAGAGGGAUAGAAACAGAGAGAGAGAGACCCACACAGAGAGCCACACAGAGAGAGAGACACAUACAGAGCCACACAGAGAGAGAGAGAGACACACACAGAGACACACACAGAGAGAGACACAGAGAGAGAAACAGAGAGAGAGAGACACACACACAGAGAGACCACAGAUAAAGAGACGGACACACACAGAGACACAGAGAGAGAGAGAGAGAGACACAGAGACACAGACAGAGAGAGACACAGAGAGAGAAACACAGAGAGACAGAUUUAAACUGCUGGGCUAUGGGAAAGGGAUACAGGAUACAAGUGGUCCUUUGUGUGUAGAGUGGUUGGUUGUUUGUUCAGUCUACAUCCGCCACUGUCUAUCUGAGAGUUUAAAAAAUAGUGCCAUCUGGCUGCGAUAAGAGGCAGAAUGUGCAGCUGCCAUGUCUGAAACCAUUAUGGUGGGUUUCUCUCUGGAGAGGAAAGUCAGCCUAGCCAAGUGUCAGGAGGUGAAUGUGUGAACAGGAUCUGAUGACCUCGGAGAGAGGGGGAGGGGCACUAAUCUAAUCAUCACUCUCCCCCAAGAGGUCAGAUCAGGGGCCUCGCUCAGUCAAACACAACAGUUGCCGAGUGUUGGCCAAGUGUGUGCGUAUUAUAAAAGAAAGAGAGAUUCCUUCAGCUCUAAAACUACUAGGCUACAUAUCAGUCUGGGUUUGAGGCCACCAGACUAUAGUACCUCAGAAUGUGAGUGUGCAUUUUGUUUGCACACGUAUUUGUUCUGUGCAAAUGACUAAGCCUCCCUUUCCUCCUCUCCGCACUGCCCUCCCCCCACAGGAGACUCAAGUGAACCCGACGAGCGCCCCUCUGUGCGCCCCUACGCCCUACGUGAGAACGCCCCGUCCUAUGGUGUGAUCAACGCGUCGUCAUCCACCACGGACGGCUCUCAGCAGACACACACACACCUCAGCCAUCCUCCUACAAAAGAGGACCCCCUGGGACCUCUAGCUGACAACUGGGAGAUGGCCUACACCGAGAACGGAGAGGUCUACUUUAUAGAGUACGUACCCUAGUACACCCUACACCCUGGCCUAUGCCCUAUGUACCCUCUGUUCCCUUACCAUACACCGAGAUAGGAGAGGUCCACUUCAUAGAGUAUGUACCCUAUAACAUAUCCAACACCCCAUAACACACCAUAUAACAUAGCCUAAAUGGGUCUAUACCCAACGUCUAUAAUAGUAUUUAAAUUAGUAUCUUCUCAAGACAAUAUUGUGCUUCCACUUUACACCAUUUUUGCAUAAUGACCACUCCUUUUUAUCGAUCUCAUUGUUUCAUGUUAUGUGUAUAUUGGUUGUAUGGUUGUUACUGUAUUUAAUAUAGUUUUUUAUUGUAGAACCCUGACUGCAUAACACAUUUCCCAAUUGGGACAAUAAAGAUAACUUGAACUUGAACCUUUGAUACAUUGGAAGUUGUGAUACUUGCCUUUAGCAUUGAGUCUGAUUACAUCACAGUAUGUAUCAUAUUUAGCCGUGGAAGUGAGGAUGUUUUUCAGACAGUGAGUGUUUGAUGACUUCCCAGUCAGAACAAUGUGUCUGUCUGGCUGUCUUACUCUGUCCUGUGUGUCUAUCUAUAGCCACAACACAAAGACCACAUCCUGGAUCGAUCCCCGGUGCCUGAACAAACCUCCCAAACCCCUAGAAGAAUGUGAAGACGAUGGUACGUCCACCACAGACUCUGUUUGUGCAUGCAUGUGUGUGUUUGUGCGUGCGUGCAUAUGUGUGUGUCGGGGAAAUUGUGUAUUCACUGUCUUGUUUGUUUGUCUGUUGUUGACUCAUUUGUUUAUGGGAAGAGGGAACCGUGCAGAAUCAGAUGCAUGUCUGUCAGAUCAAUUGUUCAAUCAGUGGCCUGCAGAUGGCACACUUGAGCCACCGUAGUGUGAGAUGAGAUGAAAUGAGAUGCGUUAAUAUUCUGAUCUCGUGUGCUGCCUGCCUGCGCUCAUGUCUGAGCAAGACGCCCCGGCAGCCUGAAGGACUGAUUGGAUUAUUCUCAUCAUCUAUCAUAAAUAAAUAAUGUACCUUGUCCUACAGAGAGGACUGCCCACCUACACAAAACACUAGCGUUUCAGCUGCCUCUCCCCUCUUCUCCCGCUGCCAUGUGUCCUCUCAAUGUGUUUUGUGGUCCUUGUAUUGAAAUAGCUCUAUAAGUUCUGUCCUCUCAAGCUGCUGCAAGAGGACACAUAGGAUAGAGAGAUUAUUCAUAUUGUCAAGCAUAUGGUUCAUGAACUAUAAUUCAUAUUUAUGGCAGCUGUUUUCACCCACCCCAAUCUCAGAAGGUCCGUAUUAAAAUGUACAGGUAACUGCCAAAAUAAAGGAAACACCAACAUAAAGUUUCUUAAUAGGGCAUUGGGCCACCAUGAGCCAGAACAGCUUCAAUGCGCCUUGGCAUAGAUUCUACAAGUGUCUGGAACUCUAUUGGAGGGAUUCGACACCAUUCUUACACGAGACAUUCCAUCAUUUGGUGUUUUGUUGAUGGUGGUGGAAAACGCCAUCUCAGGCGCCGCUCUAGAAUCUCCCGUAAGUGUUCAGUUGGGUUGAGAUCUGGUGACUGAGACGUGCACACACACACACCCUUUAAACCCCCUAAGUUCCUUUGAAACCCCUCUUUCAAAGUCACUAAGAUCUCUUCUAGCCAUGGUAGCCAAAAUAAUGGGAAACUAGGCAUUUUUGUAUAUGACCCUAAGCAUGAAGGCAUAUUUAAUUAACUCAGGAACCGGAAGCAGCUGUUUUCAAUAUAUUUUGUGUCCUUGAUUUACUGGAGGGUUUCCUUUACUUUGGCAGUUACCUGAAUGUCUGUUUCUUUGGUCAGACUAAUUUAUUUCACAUAAAUGCACCUAUGCAGCUGGUAUGAAACAGUGCCACCCAAUGGUGAAGUGGAAAGCUCUUCAGAGAUGUGUUCUUUGUGUUUAACGAUAUUGCACAGACUGUGGCUAAUAUAAAGCUAUGAGCUAUUGUCAUGGUGCAUGUAGGGAUUUAGUAUGGAUUUAUCGAAGGGUUCACACCUUACAAACCAUUUUAACUAAUUAGUCAUGAUUAGCAGUCAUGAUUCCAGACACAUUAUGGUGUUUACAAUGUAUGGAGCCAAAUGUUGCUGCUCUCUCGGCUUGCUUGAGGCUUAAAAUCAAAAUCAAUCGCUAAGCCUCUGCUGCUCUCGCUCUCUUUCUCUGCCCCCUCUCUCUCUCUCCUCUCCUCCCCCUGUUCCUCCACCCCCGACCCAUGGUCCCCCACGUUCGCUCUCUCCUGGUCUGCUGGCGUUCUCCUGGAGAAGAAGGGGUACACACAGAAGAGAUGGACAGUGAGCUAGGUAGGCUUGUCUCUCCUCCCCCCUCUCCCCUGCUGUGUCUUAUGGGAAACCUGUCUACUGUAUUUGACAAUGUCACCCUGGCUUAUUACAGCGCAUAACACCUCUCCCUUUCUGCCUAGAGGGUGUAAACAUGUAAUCAAACGCUUUAUAACACCUGGGCUGUGAAAGAUUGUCUGAAAGACAUGUAUAUGUGUGUGCAUACAUGCAUGUACGUUCCUGUGUGCAGGCUUGUGUCUGCUGAGCAGGCAGUUCUUAUAGGGUUAACGCAUUCGCCCGGCCAGCCAGCAUGCAGUAAUAAAGAGAGAACCAUUCACGAGGGGCACAUUGGCCUGAUUAUUAUUUCCUAAUGGGCCUCUCAUUCAAAUUGACCUCUCACUCUCAAGCCCCAUCAUUCCAUCCGCUGUUGCUCAUAUUAUAACAGAGAGCACUUUACCCACCACUGUCUGCCGGUGCAUCAGUCUCUGGAGCCAGAGGGAGGCUAACAGCCAUGGCUCUGAGAUGGGCUCUGAUAACUGCUGCCUACAAUUUUAUUUAAAUGGUGACUGCAUCGGUGAAUAGUCACAAUUCUCAAGAGUCAUCAGUGUCUGAAGAUUCUUGUUCUAGCCUGUUAAUCAGAUGGCUCUAUUUUAACAAAUCUAACACAAUGGUAAAUCUUAAGACUGGUGGUAGCGCUAUAGGUUAGUGGGGGUGUCAGAAAUAUCUUUGCUAUUUUCACAACCAGAAUUAUGGGCGCAGGAGCUGGCGGUGGCUUGAAAGGGCUGAGUUUUGAUGAAUAAACAAGAUGAAGGUGUGUCGAGGCUUGACCCCCUCACUGGCCAUUCAGAACGUGCUCCAUGGUAAAUAUGUGGUUGCUUCAAGUUGUGUAUUUAGGGUAUUUAAUGUACUGCGUUGUCAUCAACUCCAACUCCAAUGUUAGUCCAUUAUAGCCUAGUUUUUUAACUAGCCCACAGAAACAAAAUAACAAAAUGUAGGCCUAUCCCAUAUUUGCUCACUAUUUUUAACAUGUUUGCAGUCCACAUUGUUCUAAGUAAUUGCAUGGCUUCAAUAUGGAAAUAUAUUGUUAACAUAGCAUUCGCGCUGAUAUAGGACUACUGUAAAAUGCAUUAUCUGAGCCAUGGACACACCAAACGUUGUCAAUAAGCAAUAUUACAUUUACUAUUGAUAAGACCUAUAAAGAUGGAAUAAUUUGAAUCAAAUUCUAAUAAAACAAGACAACAACUUGUUUUAAAUAGGCUAUGUCUAAAUACAGUUACAGGCACCAUAAUUGCUCCACGUGCACAUAUAAUAUUAUGCCUAAGACAGCAUAGACUAUGGAGGGUUUUACACACAUCCAAACUUUUUUCAAAAGCUGGAAAAAUAUCCAAUAUAAAGACAAAGUGGGAAUGUCCGCUCACCGUUAUACUGAUCCCAAAGAGAGUUAGAUAGAUAGCUAUAGCCUACCAUCGCUGUUGAUAUGGCCAGUAUUUACUUUGCCAUGUGAAAGGUAAACAAACAGGCAAAUAUAGCCUACAAGCAGAUUCAGCACCACAGACAAUGAUCAGAAUUCCCUCGAUUUGACUGUUAGGUCCAACAGAUGAAAGUAGAAGAUGCGUUUUUUGACAAAAUGAUAAACGAAAAACAAUAAGCAGUCUUUUUAAAUAAUUUAUUGUCCCUAAACAGGCUGAGUCAAAACUUUUCACAGAAGCUGGACAAAAAUAAUGUUUAAAGGCCCAAUGCAGCCAUUUUUAUAUCAAUAUCAAAUCAUUUCUGGGUAACAAUAAGCACCUUACUGUAACAGAUUUCCAUUAACAUUUCUAGUAAAAAACGAUUUAUCAAGCAAGAAUUCUGCUAGGACUGCCUGGGAGUGGUCUUAGUGGGGAGGGGAAAGUGAAAACUAGCUGUUGAUGGCAGCCAACUUACCGCAUGGUGAUGUCACCAUGGAAAGCAGAAACUCCCGCCCAUGCAAACCUGCUGAUUACAACGUCCUGUGUAGAUUGUAUUCUCAACCAGCAACUAUCAUGAAAUAACACUGAUCACAUUUUUUCACACAUUUGCAGUGUUAGUUCCAUCAGCUGUUGUACAAUAUGAUAUAAAACACAGGAAAAACUUAAUGUUGACCUCAAUGGGCCUUUAAUAAAACAUUGGUGACGUACAGAAGGCUAGUGUGUGCGCCUCUGCUGGAAAAAUCUAUUCCAUAACCAAUUGCGUUACGCUAAGACCAGCUUUUGGUCGGUCUUAAGUAUCCCUAGUUGGCACACGUACACACCUAAAAUAUUUCCAUACCUCAGCGCAAGCAAGCUAAUGUUAGACAGGUAAAUUGCAGAACCUGGUGCAAAGUGUGGAAAAUGCCAGUGCACCAGUUUUUACAUGACAAAAUUGCAAACUAAGGUGUGUUUGCUGCUUGCGCCUCCUUAGCAGCAGCUGAAAAUAGAGCCCAGAGACUGAUUUAGACUGGGGAACCAGGUGUGUGUAAGACCCGGUCAAUCAGUGAUAUCAAUUGAUCAAUUAAUUGCCAAGGAGUAGUGCACCCCUGGGUUAAGGUUAGGUCUGAGGUAAGUGAGGGUAAGCUGAUCCUAGACCAGUGUUUAGCCUCUGAGAUGGUCUCCUCCAUGUUGUGAACAGCAGCCAGCCCAGGACAGGAGCAUCCCUUGUUCAUACCACUGCUCAGAUUGGAUGAACACAGUCAAUAUGUAUCGAUUGUGAAAUCCGAUACAUGGAGAAAAGGGCAAUUACUCCAUUGUGUAUAGGACAGCAGAUGUAUGGCCCCGGUGUGCAGCCCCUCGCUCAGGAGAAAUCAAAUAGUCAGGAAGACCGAAUGAGAUGCAAACAGUUUAAGUGUGCGUGGGCAUCGACCGGGCAACGUGGAGCUGGGGAUUCGUCCCGCUGCAGCCACUCAGUAUCAGCAAGGCCAGUAGUGACAUGACGGCUCUGGCGCCUAACUAUAAUAGCACACAGACAGAUCUCCUUUACGAAUACAGCCACUCUGGUGUGAAAUACAGUGAGUGAUUAUAAUUUACAGUGAGGUGCUACUGGCUCAAGGUUUACUGUUUCCCUUCAGAACAUCUGAGAAAAAUAAAGCCUAGUCUGUGUAUUGUGAAUGUUCUGAACACAACACAACACCCCCUUAAUUCCUCCCGGCUUAACACCUUGACUCCACAUCCUCUAAAGCUGGUUGAGGUAAUGAGUGUACACCACUCGUCAGAAUAUAGACAUGCAGCACUGAUAAUGUACAGCAGAGGAGUCCGUCACACACAUCUGUUUGUAACCAAUUACAGCCCUCUGACAUUUCUCUAUAUAUUUAACAUUUUAGUCAUUUAGCAGAUGCUUGACUUACAGGAGCAAUUAGGGUUAAGUGCCUUGCUCAAGGGCACAACAACAGAUUUUUCACCUAGUCGUCCCGGGGAUUCAAACCAGCAACCUUUCGGUUACUGGCUCAAUGAUCUAACCACUAGACAACCUGCCGCCUUUAUAGCUAUUGGUACAGUAGCUAGCUAGCUCUAUCUCAGCGUUUUAGUCACACUGCUCUGUAUACUGAAAAUGUAUCAAUGUAGCAGCCUUUACAGCUGAGUAGUCCAUGUUUAGAUCCAAUCAGUCUUGAUUUUUGGCAGUGUUGUCGGGCCAUUUAUGGCAGUUUUGUCAGGCCACGCUCAGCAUCGAUGUCAGGGAAGAUAAACAUGUGUUUGUCUGCUUACACACAUCUGAAAGAAAGGCUUCUUGAGGAGAAUGCAUCAUUAAUGAAUUAGACCACAGUGAGUAAUACAUGAUCAAUGACAUCCAGUUGGUGAUGGUCUCCAAUGCCAUGUGACAUAGACAGUGGUAAACCAAUCAAGGACAAUACUGAAUAUCAUUCUAUAUACACCUGCGUCAAGGAUGUCAGUCAGCAUUGUACAUCACUUUCCCUUACUGACUUGAACAAUAAGAAAACAUUUCUUCACCGUGACAUUUUUAAACUGCAAACCAUGGUCCACAUUUAGACGACCACCCACAUACCGGCAGCUCCUCUUCUCCAUCUGAGUGUGGGGUUGAUCGUGAUUGGUCAAAGCCCCCCUGUAGUUCUUUAUCUGAUGUGUUAAAUGUCAGCCGUGUCCUGCCAGGAGCCAAGAGCCAGGUCCAGACAGCCUCUCUAGUGUUGUUCACUCCCAGGUGACUGACAGGCUGUGUGUGGUAGGAAAAGGUCUUUAUGACCUGUCUGAACACAAUCUCUAACAACCUGCCUUUUCUACCUCUCUCUAUCUCCCAUCCAGAGCUGCCAACAGGUUGGGAGAAAAUAGAGGAUCCAGUCUAUGGGGUUUACUAUGUGGAGUAAGUAGUGACACACACCUCUGGAUGUAUCUGUAGCGUUUCUCACUACCUCACUGUAUUGUACGUUCAGAAUGCAUUUAACACUGAGCAGUGGCCCAGAACAUUGUAAAACCACAUCAAAUGUAGUACACCAGACAGCUGUUGUUUUGGUCUAGUCUGUUAUGGGGAAAAUAGGCCAUUUGUUGCUUUCAUGAUCAUUUAGAAAUGUAGUUUCUCAUCUAGUGGGAGCCCCUUGGGCCUGUGCAUUAAUAUGAAUGCAUUCAUAUGUUUUGAUGUUGUUCAAAGCAAUACCUUAGAGGCAGAGGCCCAGUUUUUUUUGUCUGCGAUUUUUCAAUAUAUAUUAUUCCAAAAAAUGUCCUGUUAACUGCAUAAUUUCCCAGCAUGUUUCUGUAUUGUUUGAAGUGUAAUUUCCUUACGGUGCGGUGUACUGCUCUCCUAAGUUCCUGCCGGGUUUGUGGUAUGACGUGGUUUUGGUGGUGUUGUUAACCUCCUGAAGCAGUGUUCUUUAGUGAUUGUGUGAUGCUGUUGAUAUUCAGGCCUCAUCGUCUCUGUCUCGUCUGAUCAACCAGUCUGUACCAGACUUUACUUCCCUGACUUAAGCCCCUGGCUCCUGGAGCAUUGGCCACCAGAGACGUUUUCUAACUGUGUGUUGUAUUAACUCCCUCACCACUGCCUCUCUGUAUCUCUCUCUUUCUUUCUCCCUCAACCAUCCCUUGUCUCACCUUUUUGGCUUUCUUCUAUUCUUCAAUUCCUUCUCUCAUACACAUUUAUUUCCUGUCGUCAUCCCCCUUGUUCCCUCUUUUCUUUUGCUGACUCAAUUAAUGAUCUUUCUCUAUUCCUCUAACUUCCUGUGUCAUUGUCCUAAUUUCUCCUCCAUCCCUCUCUUCAUCCCUCUCUCAGUCACAUCAACAGGAAGACCCAGUAUGAGAACCCUAUACUGGAGGCUAAGCAGCGGAAGCAGCUCGAGCAACAGCAGCCACCAGAAGGUGAGCGCUACAUCCGAGGUUCGUUUCCAGCCCCGCCGGGCGUCAUUCCUUUCUUUCUCCAUGUCUGUGAUCGUGCCUGUCUGUCUCCGUGUCCUUCUGCUCUGCUCUCUUCUCUUUAUGAUUUGCUAUCGAGAAACCAUAAAGGCAUACCUAUGAUUUAUUUUAAUGGCCUUGAAAAUAGGUCUUUUUACAAAUUAAUUUGUCAAUGUUUUAAGUGUCACUGAUAAUCUCUCCAGUGUUUGCGCUAAUAUUAAUGCUUUUGUAAGUGUACAGGUGUAGGUAAGUUUUUUGAUUUGACAAUAAUACAUUAAAAGUCUGUUACAGCAAUGAAAAUGUAUCACCAUAUAAUAGUUAUAAUAUUUCUGGAUCUUGUUCUCCUAGUGAAAAGUAUUUGAGGACAGAUGCUUUAGGUCUCUUUAGUCUAUACAGCCCGCUAUGUAUGUAUUUGAACAGUGAUGCAAACAUUUUACAUUUGGCUCUGUACUCCAGCAUUUUGUAUUUGAGAUCAAAUGUUUCAUAUGAGGUAACAGUACAGAAUGUCACUGUUCAUUUGAGGGUAUUUUCAAACUGUAAAUCAGAUAUGUAUGGAAAUACCCUGAAAUAAAAGGUGACAUUCUGUACUGUCACCUCAUACGAAACAUUUGAUCUCAAAUCCAAAAUGCUGGAGUAUAGAGACAAAUGUAAAAUGUUAGCAUCACUGUCCAAAUACAUACUGUAUGUAGGGAAGUGUCGGUAGAAUGUCCUCCAAAUGUCCUUUCUUCAUGCAGGUCACACCACUAGGAACCUGCCUAUUGGUCCCCGUUCUGCAGACUCAGCUAAAUGUGCUUCUGACUUGAUUACCUAUCUGCUGACUUUUUCUCCUUUAAGCUUAAUAUCUCUUUAUGCUCAAUAUCUAUUACUUUUACUCUUUCAUUGAUUGAAUCUUGAUGCUGAGAAUAUUAAUGAAGACUUAAGCCUCUAAUACACUACACAGUGAAGCUGACAUUUUGAUCGAUCAGAGAUUGUAUUACAUGGUAUUACUUUCAUCGGCAGCCAUUGUGGCUCAAUGCAGUACGGUAGUUUCCUAGCUACCCAUUGUGGUGAACCAUAAGGAUCACUGUAACUGUACAGACACCAGAGACAGGAAGUGUGCCCUUUGCUGUUCCAGAAUGGAUAGAGGAUGCCACCCUGGCUGGUGCCCCCCUGGCCAGCUAUACCGCCAACCACCAGGAGACCUACAGGGACACCCAGGCCGGACCCCCACUGCCACCCCUCAUCGGGCCCAAACGUGAGUCCUGGUCUGGUCAAUAUCCUAGUUUUGUGAGGGUAUUGGUCCAUUUCUGUUUGCGACAUUGUGGAUGUGUUCCCUCAUCUCGCCCCUCUCUCUCUCUCUCGUUCACCUCGCUCUCUCACUCACUCACUCACUCACUCUCACUCUCUCGCUCUUUCUCCAUCUCUGUAAGCUCAGGCCCCUGACUGGCGCUGCCCAAAGCAACUCAAGGCCUUGAUAUUCCACCACACAAAUCUCUCUUUUUACACAGCACUUUUAAGUCACCCUGCUUUCAAGUUCCUACACCCACUUCUCUUUAGUAAAAAAGAAAACUCCUCCUCAGUGUUACUGCGUUGGUCUGCCUCUUUUGUCUUGAAUUAUUUCAAGGCAAACAGAAGGACACUGGCUGACUCCAAAGGUAAUACAUUUUUCAUUGUAUGCAUAAGCUGUACUCCUCAACCAUAUAAGUGUACCAUCUGCGGUUUGUUAGUCACUUUCCAAUCCCUUGCGGCCAUCUUCCCUGCUUUAAUGUCUCCCUUUUCAUUCCAUCCGCUUCCUUCCACAGUCAAUAUAUAACUUCAAUAAACUCUGAAUAUCUCACUCCAUCUCCCACAUAAACUCUGUGAACAUUUGUCCAACUGACAGCAGGACUGGAGCCAGUCAUAGUAGAAGAGACUGAGGAAUUGGAUCUAGAUUACAGACUCCAGACUCUAGCAGUACUUAUUUCAUAAGACCGACUUGGAGUCCAUUUGCCUAAGCUAUAUGAGUCUGCUGCCAACCCCAUGUCUAAAAUAUACCUCCCGAGUGGCCCAGCGUCGUCCAGGGUAGGGGAGGGAAUGGCCGGCAGGAAUGUUGGUAGAGCAUGGCGUUUGCAACGCCAGGGUUGUGGGUUCGAUUCCCACGGGGGGACAGUAUGAAAAAUAUAAAUAAAUAAUGUAUGCACUCACUAACUGUAAGUCGCUCUGGAUAAGAGUGUCUGCUAAAUGACUAAAAUGUAAAAUGUAAAUGUAAACACCAGACUAGAAAGAUAGUUCAGUGCUGUCUUGGUCUCUAUUCACUGGCAGUCUUGGUGGCACGCCAGGGUUUUACACAUAAGCUUAUAAACAUAUAUUUCUAAAUCACUGGAAAUUAGUCUAUGAUAAUAACCCCUCACACUCACAAACACACAAUUCCUUCCCAUCCUAGUGUCAAGCCUUGAAAAGCUCUUGUACACUGUUGGCUGCCAUGUACAGUACCAGUCAAAAGUUUGGACACACCUACUCAUUCCAGGGUUUUUCUUUAUUUUUACUAUUUUCUACAUUGUAUAAUAAUAGUGAAGACAUCAAAAAUAUGAAAUAACACAUAUGUUAAACAAAUCAAAAUAUAUUUUAUAUUUGAGAUUCCUCAAAGUAGCCACCCUUUGCCUUGAUGACAGCUUUGCACACUCUUGGCAUUCUCUCAACCAGCUUCAUUAGGUAGUCACCUGGAAUGCAUUUCCAACAGUCUUGAAGGAGUUCCCACAUAUGCUGAGCACUUGUUGGCUGCUUUUCCUUCACUCUGCGGUCCAACUCAUCCCAAACCAUCUCAAUUGGUUUGAGGUCGGGUCAUCUGAUGCAGCACUCCAUCACUCUCCUUCUUCGUCAAAUAGCUUUUACACAGCCUGGAGGUGUGUUGGGUCAUUGUCCUGUUGAAAAACAAAUGAUAGUCUCACUGAGCGCAAACCAGAUGGGAUGGCGUAUCGCUGCAGAAUGUUGUGGUAGCCAUGCUGGUUAAGUGUGCCUUGAAUUCUAAAUAAAUCAGACAGUGUCACCAGCAAGCACCCCCAAACCAUCACACCUCCUCCUCCAUGCUUCUCCAUGCUUCAUCCGUUCACCUACUCUGCGUCUCACAAAGACACGGCGGUUGGAACCAAACAUCUCUAAUUUGGCCUCAUUAGACCAAACGACAGAUUUCCACUGGUCUAAUGUCCAUUGCUCGUGUUUCUUGGCCCAAGCAAGUCUCUUCUUAUUAUUGGUGUCCUUUAGUAGUGGUUUCUUUGCAGCAAUUAGCUUGUCACAACACAACUGAUUGGCUCAAAUGCAUUAAGAAGGAAAGAAAUUACACAAAUUAACUUUUAACAAAGCACACCUGUUAAUUGAAAUGCAUUGCAGGUGACUAGAGUCAUGAAGCUGGUUGAGAGAAUGCCAAGAGUGUGCAAAGCUGUCAUCAAGGCAAAGGGUGGCUACUUUGAAGAAUAUCAUGUAUAAAAUAUAUUUGGAUUUGUUUAACACUUUUUUGGUUACUACAUGAUUCCAUAUGUGUUAUUUCAUAGUUUUGAUGUCUUCACUAUUAUUUUACAAUUUAGAAAAUAGUAAAAAUAAAGAAAAACCCUGGAAUGAGUAGCUGUGUCCAAACUUUUGACUGGUACUGUAUAUAGUACUGCACCACAGUGUAAUCAUACACUUUUAGAAUUUACAGUGAAUAUUAUUUGACUACUCAUCUAACCAUGCUGCCAGACCCAGAUAAAAUCCUGAGUUUGACCCAAUAGUGUAACACUCCAUACGGGAUAGCAGCCCCCACAGACUGGGGCUGUGGCUCGGUCUGGGGGAUUUACCCAUAGGAUUACCCCUAUUCUCAGGCACAACCAGGCUGGUGCCACCUAGCUCUUGGAAUCCCUCUUAGCCUAAUUAAUCUAUCAAUCAUAAUCAAUCCCUUUAUGAUUACUGGAGCUCAUCAAACCAACACAUCUCUUACAGAGCACUCACUGAUCCAGAGCCAAGACUGGUUAGGGUAACCCCUCCUCCUUUGGCUAGCACAGCACAUGAGAUCAGCGGGUCCUUAUGAAAGGUAUGUAAGGCUUAUGUGUGUGUGUGUUCCCCAGGAGGGAAGCCCUUCUUCACGAGGAACCCGGCGGAGCUGAAGGGAACCUUUAUCAACACCAAACUAAGGAAGAGCCACCGAGGGUUUGGCUUCACCGUUGUCGGGGGCGACGAGCCUGAUGAGUUCCUACAGAUUAAGAGUCUGGUUCUGGACGGACCUGCUGCCGUCGACGGCAAGAUGGAGACAGGUGGGCCUCCGCUCUGUCGUUCCGUGUCAUUAUUAAGAGGUGGUCACAAACUCUUUGAGAGCUACAGAGGGUGCAGGCUUCUGUUCCAACCAUGCACUAAAACAGUUGACUUAUCAAGCUUGGUUGAUUAACUGAAUCUGGUGCUCUCCAGGAUCCGGGUGGGUGAGCACUGAAUGGUGUACGUGUUAUAGUGUAGUGUAGGUGUUCUAAUUGAGCAAUAUACAGUUCAAGUGUUACUUCCGUGAUUUGAAGUGUUACUUCCAAUUUGUGACAUGUAGUUAAUUAUCCAACAUGAAUUUAACCUUCUCUUCCCCUAGGUGACGUGAUCGUGAGUGUCAAUGACACAUGCGUGCUGGGCUACACCCACGCCCAGGUGGUGAAGGUCUUCCAGUCCAUCCAAAUCGGCUCCAUGGUCAACCUGGAGCUGUGCCGUGGCUACCCCCUGCCCUUUGACCCUGACGACCCCAACACUAGCCUGGUGACCUCCGUGGCCAUCGUGGACAAGGAGCCUAUCAUCAUUAACGGCCAGGAGAGCUACGACUCCCCAUCCAGCCACGGCAGCCAGACCGGAGGCCCCGUUAACGGGUUGAGAGAGUCAGGACCCCACAGCCCCUCCUCCGCCGAGGUGGCAUCCAACGGCUCGCACGGUUACCCCAGCGACUCGGUGACGCUGGCGUCGUCCAUAGCAACGCAGCCAGAGCUGAUCACAGUGCACAUGGAGAAGGGAGACAAAGGCUUUGGGUUCACCAUCGCAGACAGCCCUGCAGGGGGAGGACAGAGGGUCAAACAGAUCGUAGACUACCCCCGCUGCAGGGGCCUGAAGGAGGGGGACAUUAUUGUGGAGGUGAACAAGAGGAACGUCCAGAGCAUGAGCCACAACCAGGUGGUGGACCUGCUCAGCAAGUGCCCCAAAGGAAGUGAGGUCACCAUGCUGGUGCAGAGAGGUGGAGGUAAGACAUAGACACACUAAACCGGACCAACAUUUUGAGUUCUGGUUGGCAAGCUUUCCUCUUACUCCCGCGUCUUCUCUCCGUCGCCAUUUUCAGGAAUCUGGAAGUUGAAAAAAAUUGUUUUGUUAGAUAACGGUUAAUGACACGCUCUGGAACUUUGGGCUGAAUGUUUCAAUGUGUAGUUCAUACAUGCAGAAUCUAUGAGCAGAAUUACUGUCUUACCUCGAUUAGCCACAACAUCCCUAGUUUGAAAGCGACUGUUUUUCUGGAAGCUGUGCUAUGCCAUUUUCCCCCAUGUGGGCCAGCCCCCUAGCAGUUUGAGUUGUAAUCAAUGAGCUUCAGCCCCUCGCCAUGAGUGACAGCUAGCAAGAUGCACACACAGCAGAGCGAGAGAAAGAGCAGUGAUGUGGUACGCAAUUUUCGGGGACCACUUUUGGCUCGUGAGCGCUACUAUCAGAACUACUGGCUCAGAAGUAUGCAAAAGUACUGAAGAAUCUCUUUAACCUCAAAGUCUAAGCCUUUUUGGGGGGGAAUAACGAUUUGAAGUGUCUGCCCUAUAUCUAAGAGAUAUAAGAAAGCUCAGGAAAUAUUUGUUUUUUUGGACACACAUUGGACACAUAUUUAACCCCUUAUUUUUGUUGGCACAAAACUACCUCCAUACUUCCAUUCGUUUGUAUGGGUUAACUUCAGACGAGUCCCGUAUUAGUUUGUAGCUCAAACGGUUCGGACGCUACAGACAGAAGUUGGCACAUCAGCGUUACCGACUUACUUACUUACUUCAGACGAGUCCCGUGACACUUGUGGGGGUGGUAGAGCUAAAUGGAAAACACCAUUGUGAGAGUCUCUCCUUUCCAUAGAGUAGUUUGUAGGCCAAACCUUUCGGACGCUACAGUGAGAAGACCGAUUUUCGGGAUGUCUCAUGGUCUGACAAACACCGCUGUAGCUCUGCCACCUUCCACCGCAGAUGCAGAAGGCCGCCAUAGCUUAUACUGACGGAUUUUGAUGGGGAUUUUUUUAUUAUGUUACUAAGAUUGAUGAACGGGUGCGUCAAUACACUCUUAAGGAUAGGUUAUCCCUAAAACAACACAAAAGAGAAAGUUACGUUAUUGAGAUCCAAUUGUGGUGUCUAAUUUUUUCCACCCUAGCUUUGUGUGUAUGUGUGUGUGUCCAUGUGCGUUUGUGCCUGCGAGCGUGCAGAUUUGACUGUGUCUGUGCCAUUAAACGUUCUAUUGAGAACUCAGGACAGGAUUUUGACAAGGUGUAUGAUUGGAAAAAUGGUCUCACAAAAGAGCUGAAGAGAAGACUCAGUGUAUGAUGGGGAAUGAUUGAAUUUUGGUCUCACUCCAAUCCCCAGACAGACAGUACCCACUACCCAGAACACACCUCCACAAAGAGCCCUGACUCACACUGAGAGAGACAUGUAAUUGGAACGUUUUCACUGAGACAGAGCGGUUAGAACUGGCAUUGGAAGUUCUCUGAAUUAUUCAUUUGUGGAAUUGAAGGACCUGAACAUCCGUCCUGUAAUGCUCAGUGUUGAGAAACGGAACAGGACAUUGACUCGGCGCUCUGCUCUCACAAAUUGCUAUGCUCCUCUCCCUGUCUUGCUUUAUUAAUGACCGCCAUUAGUCUGAGGGGGCUGUGUACAAGCUCAUAAAAUGCUACAGCCAGUACGCAUUUUAUGGAUUGUCAAUAACACAAAAUGUUUGUGCGUUUAACAGAGACUCCCUGGACCAGAGAGCGGUGAGCAGGGUGGGCGGGACGGUUAGAGAGUAUCAUUCCUCAAUGUGUCAUGGAUGGAAGACUGAGCUGAUAUGAAAGCAAAGAGCAAAGCAGAGACAUGCUUUAGGUCUAUACAGAGUGUGCCACUACUCUCUGGAAAGCAGAGGACUACUCAGCACAGGAUUGCUUUGACAAUUUACCUUGAAAACAUGUGGUGAACCUAUUGACUCAUGAGUGUCAUGUAUGGGUAGUACAAAUAUUACGAGUUCUCUUUCUCUAUGGUUCACGUAGUUCAUAGUUCAGUGGGUGCUACAUGUCAUAAAGCUCUGUCCUCUCAGUGGGUGCUACAUGUCAUAAAGCUCUGUUCUCUCAGUGGGUGCUACAUGUCAUAAAGCUCUGUUCUCUCAGUGAUCAUUGCUCUCAGUCUGAGCUCUGCUCUGAGGUUGUGUGUGUGGAUCAGACAGCUAAGAUAUUGCCUGCCCCCCCGCAGACAGCAGGAUCUAUCUGCCUAUCUUAAUUACUCUGCGCUCCUCAGACCGCUAAUUGGGGGGGGUCUGAUGUCAGCAUCACCUCUCUCUCCCUCUUUUUCUCUCUCUCUCUCUCUCUCUCACUCUCGCUCUCGCUCUGUCUCUCUCUCGCUCUCGCUCUGUCUCUCUCUCUCGCUCUGUCUCUCUCUCUCUCGCUCUGUCUCUCUCUCUCUCGCUCUGUCUCUCUCUCUCUCGCUCUGUCUCUCUCGCUCUGUCUCUCUCUGGGCAUGAGAGUGUCACCAGUUAGUCCACACAGCCAAUUACAACCCUUUGCCAGGGAGCCAGAGGAAACCUCUAAUUGGCAGAGAUCUGCCCCCUCACCCUCCUCCUCCUUUCCCAUCCCCCCUUCCAGUGUGUAGAGAUUCCUGCCCGCGCGUAUAUGGUCCAAUCACGGGGGAUCUCGGCGCAUACAAUACACUGAGCUCAUUAAGGCCUGUAUAUGGAACAGUGUUCCUCAACACUGCAGGUGAGCUCACUGGCCCCCCAGCACAAAACUAGAUUCUUCUCAUCCUCCUCUUUCUCACUGAUGAUGGUGGACACUGCAUAAGUCUCCAUACUGAACCGUGUCUAUAUGAUACACCAAAGGUCCUGUGUGAGUGUCUCCCGUCUUUUGUUGUUCUGCAUCCUUUUGUCUUCUUGAGCCAGGGGAUGUGAUUAAUAGCCAGGGGGUGUGAUUAAUAGCCAGGGGGUGUGAUUAAUAGCCAGGGGGUGUGAUUAAUAGCGUCCAUCAAAGAUGCCAUUAUGAUGCCCAUCCCUCCAUUUGUCUAAUUAUGCUGCCUAAUGUGCUCCUUUUCUCCGCCUUCCUUCUGAAACGUUCUGAUUCGGCUGACAUAAUUCAUUCUAGCCCCAAAAGACACACACUUCCUGUGAAUUUCCUUGAAGCGUGCCUGUGAAUGGGUGUAAAUGUCAGUGGCCUACAGGGAUGGGAGAGGUGGUACAGCCAGCAUCGGUUGUAUUCCAUGCAGAGCCAGUGUGAGGAGAAUACCCAAGUGCUAGGCUAGCUCUCUAUAGCCCCACAGCCUCCCUCAUUAUCCACCCAGAUAAAUCCAAGUCAGAAUCCCAUUCCUGUGCUUUAAAGGUAUCCAUUCAUUUGUUUGUUAGGCUGGGCAUGGUGGACAAUACAAUAGAUGCAUACACCACCACAGGCAAUCUUCUGCUGCUGCUAUGGCUUAGCAUCUCAACCACUGCAGAGGAGGAGAGGAAGGAGAGAGGAUGUCAGAGGGUCAGAGGCGGGAGGAUGAUGAAAGAGUGGCACAGCGACACCCCUGUCGAUCUGUUCAUCUUCUGAGACAUCCACCAGAGGUGACAGGGUCGUUCCCGGCGGGACUGGGCCCUUGCACUCCUCAUUCCCCCGGAGCGGAGUGAGUGAUAGAGGGAGGAUGAACAGGGUCAGGAUAUGGCCAGUGAGGAUGUGUGCCGGUCUGAUAAUAACCUAUCCAUCCACUACGCUGUAGCUUUAUGCCAGUGGGCUGAAGCGAAAUGACCAAUGUAGUCUACACCUACUGUUUUUACUUUGUCUAUGUUUUUGGGAUGUUUUGUGUCUCAGUAAGAGGGUUCGAAGGUCUCUAAGCCAAUGUCCAACAAGUGUAAUAUUAUAGCCAAUAUUUAUCUUUCCUCUGUGUCUUCACCCGGGGCUUUAUGUGCUGUGGAGCGUGAUAGACUGUGCCUCUCAGACAGUGCAAGAUGGUUGUUUCUGCUCAGUGUUGGGUUGUUGUAGAAGAGCAGCCAGAGUGCUGCUAGGAAGGAGACAUCUCUUAUCUCCACCCUGCUUUAGACUUUCUGCUGCUAACAGAGUGGAGCGCAGGCUUUGUAAACGCUGCUUCUGUUACAAUAACUCAGAUCACUGUCCUCGUCGGAGACACGAACACACCCACCCUGAGAUAAAAGGAAUUGAUUUAAUGUAGAUAGAUACACUACAUGACAAAAAGUAUGUGGACACAUGCUUGUCGAACAUCUCAUUACAAAAUCAUGGGCAUUAAUAUGGAGUUGGUGCCCCCUUUGCUGCUAUAACAGCCUCCAGUCUUCUGGGAAGGCUUUCCACUAUAUGUUGGAACAUUGCUGUGGGGACUUGCUUCCAUUCAGCCACAAGCGUUAUUGAGGUUGGUGUUACGCACGCCUCUCAGAAGAGGGAACGCAACACCCUGCUACAACUCAAAUCUCCGUGGUGUGAAAGAGGUAUGGGACUGUAGGUGUGAGUAAGGAUGACAAAAGGCAGAGAAUACCGUUAACAGGGAAUUUUAUUCCUUCGCACGGUAAGUUUGGGGAAAAGGGGCUGGACGCAACCAAAGCAAAGAAAGUAAAUAUCAAAGCCCCCUCUCCUACCUUACCUGCCUACCCACUACUUACUUAACUAGCACCACCUGGUGCACUAACCAAAAUACAAGGGAUGGUCCGCCCAGGUCUUUCCUAGUGUGCAUAGACAGUCAACUUCUACGGGUAAUGUAUGCCCGCGGGCCUCUUGCCUAAGCACUCCCUAGGUGCCUUCCCCUUCCCCCCUUGGGAACAAAUGAAACAAAAAUAGCACAAACUGGUUCACAACAAAACCUGAGAAAAAAACUAACUCAGGACAUUAAAGAAACUCUGAGCCACAAACUAACACAAAACAUUACAAAUGGUUCUCAGCGCAACAACAACACAGUACAUACCAAACUCUUAGCAUACAACCAACAUGCUGUAACUCUCAGCAAUUCUUGUUCCCCUUUUCUGCCUUUUCUGAGCAACUGGGGCUUAUAUAGCUUCAGGAGGAGUUGGUAAAUUGGAGACAGCUGCGUCCUGACGAGGGCGCGGUGUCAGCUCUCCAAUCAUCAAUGUUUUUCAACUCAAUCAGCUGCUUGUUGGGGAAUUUCAGGAACCCAUUUCCUGAAAUACCUACAUGAAAAUACACAAACCACAACAUAGAAACUGGGGAACGUAACAGUCGGGCACUGAUGUUGGGCGAUUAGGCCAGGCUCGCAGUCAGCAUUCCAAUUCAACCAAAAAGUAUUAGAUGGGAUUGAGGUCAGGGCUCUGUGCGGACCAGUCAAGUUCUUCCACACCGAUCUUGACAAACCAUUUUUGUAUGGACCUCGCUUUGUGUAUUGUCAUGCUGAAACAGGAAAGGGCCUUCCCCAAGCUGUUGCCACAAAGUUGGUAGCACAGAAUCAUCUAGAACGUCAUUGUAUGAUGUAGCAUUAAGAUUUCCCUUCACUGGAACUAAGGGGCCUAGCCCGAACCAUGAAAAACAGCCCCAGACCAUUAUUCUUCCUCCAACAAACUUUACAGUUGGCCCUAUGCAUUCGGUCAGGUAGCGUGCUCCUGGCAUCCGCCAAACCCAGAUUAGUCCGCUGGACUGCCAGAUGGUAAAACGUGAUUCAGAACGCGUUUCCACUGCUCCAGAGUCCAAUGGCGGUGAGCUUUACACCACUCCAGCCGACGCUUGGCAUUGCGCAUGGUGAUCUUAGGCUUGUGUGCGGCUGCUCGGCCAUGGAAAUCCAUUUCAUGAAGCUCCCAACAAACAGUUAGUGCUGAUGUUGAGCCCAGAGGAAGUUUGGAAGUCGAUAUUGAGUGUUGCAACCGAGGACAGAUGAUUUGUACGCGCUACACGCUUCAGCAUUCGGCGGUCUCGUUCUGUGAGCUUUAGUGGCCUACUACUUUGCGGCUAAGCCGUUGUUGCUCCUAGACGUUUCUACUUCACAAUAACAGCACUUACAGUUGACCAGGGUAGCUCUAGUAGGGUAGACGCACUGACUUGUUGGAAAGGUGGCAUCCUAUGACGGUGCCAUGUUGAAAGUCACUGAGCUCUUCAGUAAGGCCAUUCUACUGCCAAUGUUUGUCUAUGGAGAUUGCAUGGCUGUGUGCUCGAUUUUAUACACCUGUAAGCAACAGGCGUGGCUGAAAUAGCCAAAUCCACUCAUUUGAAGGGGUGUCCACAUACUUUUUUAUAUACUGUAUAGUGUAGCUUUAUUUGACCAUUUAAAACGCAAUACAACCACAUGUGGAUAAUGCAUUUAAAAUCAUUGAGGAUAACACAAAGUUUGAAAACGUAUUUCCAUUGUUGUCCUCUUAAAUGGUUCCAAAAAUUCACGAACAUAACAUAGUAGGCCUAACCUACUAGGCAUACUUAGAUUACACAUAUAACACAUAACAAAACAAAGGACAGGAUGACAUUGUUAUAGCCAUAGUGCAGGACUCCCUCAGUAGAUCAGCGAUCUCAGGCUCCUAAACUGAGUUAGAUGAUGGUUUGAUGAUGGUGAUGCCUAACAUCUAAAAUAUGUAAAACAUUUACAAAGAUCUAUCUUAGGCUGCCUUAUGGCGCCAUGUAAGGGCUGAAAGCACACUUUGCAUAACGUUUUGCUGACUUCACGUUCAACGCUGAUAACGAAUGGCAUUGCAGAGAAAUUGUACAGAAAUCCAAUGAUCGAGGAAUAGAGUGCCAGCAGCUUGGCGACGCAAACGUGUCCAGAUUCUGCCUCUGCACUUUUGGGCGACGGUCUUAGUGUGUGUAUGAGCCAGAGUUACUGGCGUAACAAGGACAGGGUGAAUCCACCUCCCCUCCAACCUCCUCCCCCUUCUCUUCACACCUCCAUGUCGGGGGGGGGGGGGGGGGGGGGGGCAUCUCGGCCUUCCUUUGUUUCCAUGACAAUACUCUGCAGCACUCUGCAGUGGGGCUUUCCUCUACGGUUGGGUGGUGUGUGUGUGUGCGUGUGUGACGGAGGGAGUGGGUCACCCCCCCAUCCAAUUCUCUCUAAUUGUUAUUUCUGCUCAGCAUCGGAAGCUACUGCA